GAACUAACAUCAGAAGAACUUGUUAGCCAGUUAGUCAGUGUUCUCUAUUGAAAACAAAAUGCCUAGAAUGUCCACACGAGUUUCUUGUGGCCGAGAAUUACACUGUUGUCCAGAUAUCAACACAGCUUUGGAUUUUUCAUAUAAAUCCGGAUUUGACUUUGUUUGUCUGCCGUUAGUUAAUCCACGUUAUCGACGUGAGUUCCUCGAGGGACCUGCUAAGAAUCGCAAAGGUGCUUUAACUAGAUCUGACAUGGUUUUAUCAAGUCAAGACUGGAACAGUCUGGUCGUGGGCAAGACAUCUCCAUGGUUACAAGUGGAUUCACAGUGCCUGCAUAUUCGCAGAAAUUCGGAAUUGGCGUUUCGAGAAGAACUGCUGUAUGCUUGUCACCUGGGCAUGCCGUCUGUCAUGAUUCGACUGAAGAACAAAAACGUAACCAACCUGGCACGGUGUCUCAACGAACAUCUCAUUGCAAGCUUCUUCCAGCAGCAAUACUGGAUCCAGGUUCCACUGAUGUCGGCAAAAGACCAGUGUGACGAGCUCAUUGAGGGUGUUGAUAAGAACCCCAUCCUGGAGGAUACCUGGGAGUGGUGGCACCUGUUUCGCACGCUGUGUGAUAACAACAAGCGUCUGGGAGUGGCCCUGGAGCUGAGUGCAGACAUGCCCUCGGAGGGUAUUCUUGAGCGGUGGUUGUCGGAACCCGUGAAGGCCGUCAUUCUGUCCACAAACCUCUUCCUCACUAACAAGAAGGGCUAUCCCGUACUGUCGAAGGGUCACCAGUCGUUCAUAAGACAACUUUUUAAGCUUGAUGUCCAGCUGGUGUUGAGUGGGGUUGACCGACACACUGACAAGGGGGUUCGAGCGUAUCAGCAGUACCUGGAUCACAUGUGGCAGUCACAGAGUCCCCCGGACAAAAUCACUCAGUUUGCACGAGGCUAUGAAGAUUAUCUCCAGUCACCACUGCAGCCGCUGAUGGACAACCUUGAAUCACAAACUUACGAAAUAUUUGAGAAGGACCCUGUGAAAUAUUCCCAGUAUCAAAAGGCGAUAUACUUCGCUCUACUUGAUAAGAUAAAACCAGAAGAAAAAGACACAAAAGAUCUGAUUGUGAUGGUGGUGGGUGCCGGGCGAGGUCCGCUGGUCCGUGCCGCACUGGUUGCUGCCCAGCAGGCUGAUCGCACGAUUCGCAAACUGUACGCUGUGGAGAAAAACCCAAAUGCCGUUGUUACUCUAGAGAACUUGAAGGAUGAGAUGUGGGGCGACCAGGUGGAGAUCGUGUCGUGUGACAUGCGACUGUGGGACGCACCCGAGAAGACCGACAUUCUCAUAAGUGAACUGCUCGGGUCAUUUGGCGACAACGAACUCUCCCCGGAAUGUCUCGAUGGCGCUCAGAGAUUUCUCAAAGAUGAUGGAAUCAACAUACCGUGUGAAUACACGUCAUACUUGGCCCCCAUCCAGUCAGUGAAGCUGUACAAUGAAGUUCGUGCAUGCAAGACCGACAAAGACAAGGGACCAGAGGCUCCGUUUGAGAUGCCGUACGUCGUCCGCCUCCACAACUGUCAGGUGUUGACACCACCCAAGAAGGUUUUCACGUUCAAGCAUCCUAACCGAGAUGAAAACAUCGACAACAGCCGUUACAUCUCGUUGGACUUCCAGGUGGAAGACAAAUGUGUCCUGCACGGCUUCGCCGGCUAUUUUGAAGCUGUGCUCUACAGAGACGUCAUGCUUAGUAUUCUUCCUGAGACCCACUCACCUGGCAUGUUCAGCUGGUUCCCGGUUCUCUUCCCCAUCAAAGCCCCGCUAUAUAUCAAGGCAGGCGAGCACAUCGUGUUUGACAUGUGGCGACUGUGUACGAGUAAAAACGUGUGGUACGAGUGGACGGUGCGUGAACCCGUCGUGCUGCCGCUACACAACCCGAAGGGAAGGUCGUACACCAUCGGACUCUGAUCAGUGUCGGCCAUGUUCAAUUUGUUGUCACGAUUCGUUGGAACUCAGAAAUAAAUAAAUAAUCAAUACUU